GCCGGGACUUCUCGGGUAAGUGUUGAGCAGAGACUUCACGGGAGGGAAACCAUUUGUUGAUCUGCCAGCAUUUGAACUGAUCCCGCCGCCUCUUGUGUCGUCAUGUCUUCAGACAACACCCUGGAUGAUGAGGAUACAUUCAAGAUCCUGAUUUCAACAGAUAUUCAUCUUGGAUACCUUGAGAAGGAUGCUAUUCGGGGCAACGACUCCUUCAACACGCUCAAUGAAAUCCUGGAAUGUGCCAAAAAAAAUCAGGUUGAUUUAAUCCUGCUGGGUGGGGAUUUGUUUCACGAGAACAAACCGUCGAGACGAUGCCUCCACAGCUGCAUCACUAUGUUGAGGAAGUACUGCAUGGGCGACUCACCUGUAACCUUCAACAUCCUCAGUGACCAGGCGGUUAACUUCAACACAACCCAGUUCCCCUGGGUGAACUAUCAGGAUGAAAACCUGAACAUUUCCAUCCCGGUGUUCAGUAUCCACGGCAACCACGAUGACCCAACUGGGGCGGAAGGUUUGUGCGCGCUGGACCUGCUGAGUGCCUCUGGUCUGGUCAAUCACUUUGGGCACUCGCACUCCGUGGAGAGGAUAGAGAUUAGUCCAAUCCUCUUGCAGAAAGGCAGCACCAAGCUGGCCCUGUACGGUCUCGGUUCUAUCCCGGACGAGCGCCUGUACAGGAUGUUUGUCAACAACCAGGUUACCAUGCUUCGACCCAAAGAAGAUCAAGACGACUGGUUUAACCUCUUUGCAAUCCACCAGAACAGGAGUAAACACGGUCCCACAAACUACAUUCCCGAGCAGUUCCUGGACGAUUUUAUCGACCUGGUGGUGUGGGGCCACGAACACGAGUGUUUGAUAGCUCCUACUAGGAAUGAGCAGCAGCUUUUCUACGUGACGCAGCCAGGGAGCUCCGUAGCCACGUCGCUGUCGCCCGGAGAGGCUGCCAAGAAGCAUAUCGGAUUGCUCAGAGUGAAAGGUCGUAAGAUGAACCUGCAGAAGAUCCCCUUAAAGACGGUCCGGCAGUUCUUCAUUCAGGAUGUCGUGCUAGCUGACUAUGAGGAUCUCUUCACACCUGAUACCCCUCAGGUCACAAAGAAGGUGGAGAACCUGUGCUAUGCAAAGGUCUCAGAAAUGUUAGAAGAAGCCGAGAGGGAAAGACUCGGCUGUCCGCUCACUCCAGAGAAGCCUUUAAUCCGACUGAGGGUGGACUACAGCGGAGGUUUUGAAACGUUCAACGUCUCUCGCUUCAGUCAGAAGUUCGUGGACCGUGUGGCCAACCCAAAAGACAUAAUUCACUUCCUCAGAAAGCGCGAGCAAAAGGAGGACAUCAAAGAAGAGUUCAACGUUGACUACCGCAAACUAGUGAAACCAGGCGCAGUUGAGGGCCUGAGAGUGGAGGACCUGGUUAAACAGUACUUCGAAGCAGCUGAGCAGAAAGUGCAGCUGUCCCUGCUGACCGAGCAGGGCAUGGGGAAAGCCAUCCAGGAGUUCGUGGACAAAGACGAGAAGGACGCCAUCCAGGAGCUCAUCAGCUACCAGCUGGAGAAGACGCAGCGGCAUCUGCAGAGCAGGGCGGUGACCACAGAGCAAGACAUCGAUGCGGAGAUUCAGAAAUUCAGAGACUCCAAGAAGAACACGACCGAAGAAGAGAAUGACAUCAAAGAAGCUAUCAACAGAGCCAGAGCUCACCGGUUGGAGCGCGGUGAUCCCGACCUAUCAGAUGAGCCUGACGAUGUCACCCUGGACUCUGACGAGGGUCCGGGGACCCUCCCUGCUCCAACGCGGGGCAGAGGACGAGGAGGCAGAGGGCGAGGGGGUCGGGGCAGGGGCAGAGGUGCUGCGGCACCAGAAGCAAAGCCAGCUGGUCGUGGUCGUUCCCAGAGAUCAGCACCGGCAUCUCAAAGCAGAAGCAUAAUGCAGGUUUUUCAGGCUUCAUCCCAAAGAUCUCAUCUUGGAGGAUCCACUUCUUCUGCAGCUGAUGAGGUGAUCAUAGAUGACUCGGAUGAAGAGAUACCUGUAAGGAAAGCUACCAGGCCGCCUCCAAGACCAUCAUUGUCCUCAUCAUCCUUCGCCAGGCACAGUUCUCAGAGCCAGAGCCAGAGCCAGACAUCCAGAGGAGUUGCUUUUGACGAUAGUGAUGAGGAGGACAACCCAUUUAAAGGCAACAGCAGUCGUUCAAGACGAUAACCAUGUGCUUCAUUAUUGUGGUGUCGUUUCAAGAAAAUGUUGUAUGUCAUCCCGCGAUUUUCUUCUGCAGGACUUUAGAAGUGUUUUUCAGCAUUCUUAAAUGAUAAUGAUUAAUUGAAUUCAUCAGCCAAAGCUGCAUGGGGUAAAACAAUCCAGUGCGUUAGUUUCCUAAUUGCAGAGUUUGAAGUGGCAGAGCUGAGGAUGUUAGAAAAUGCUAAGUUUGCACCUUCUUGUUUGCCUUUCACUCUUGUUAGGGUUCUUGCUGUUGUAAAUUUGUUUUUGGUUUUCAUCAGUCCUUUCUUAAAACCAUCUGAAAAUAAAGAUUUGUCAUAUGUAAUCACAA